AUGCAUAUCUCUAAACCUGCAGUCCCUUCUGGCUCCACCGUUGUAGUCAUCGGUGCUAAUGGCUGCAUGGGGGUUGAGACUUGUGAGAAACUCCUCCAGGCAGGCUUCUCUGUCCGAGGAACUGUGAGAGAUGUCGAAAAGAAUCGACAAUGGAUGCAUAGGCUAUUUGAUAUCAAGUGGUCAGGCAUGUUUGAGCUGGUGCAUGUGGCCGACUCUGAAGCUGAAGGGGCAUUUGAUGCGGCCUUCAAAGGCGCCGAGGGCGUUAUCUAUGUUUCAACACCGAUCAUACUGCAUGCAGAUCCUGUAAAGGUGGUAGAGCCAGUGGGAAAAGGCACUAUCAACAGUCUCGAGGCUGCAGCUCGCGCUGGAGUGAAGCGCUACGUCCUCAGUUCAAGCUCCAAGGCAGUCGAGUCUACUAAUUACAACCACCCACACCAAAUGUCAAGCAUGUUCAAUUGCGAAGCCAUCGGGAAGGCUUGCUGUGAGCCUAACGUCGAUGAUAUCGACAGAUUUGUCGACGUCUAUAGUGCCAGUCGGGCUUUGGCGGAAUUGGCCUUCUGGUCGUGGGUUGGCAAGUACCAGCCUUCCUUUGUCGCAAACUGUGUCGUAUCUGAUGGACAGGUUGGAAAGGUCUUGGAUCCAGAAAACACUAGUUCUACCUUCCGCAUGUUGAAAGCGGCGGCUGAAGGUGAAUGGGACAAGGUAUUUGGCCAAGUCGAGAAGUUGGUGAAGGGCAAAGACCAGGCAGUAGAAGGGAGGGAUCUCUCCAAUGCAGGUGCGCUUAUCAAACGAGCUGAGGGUAUCUUGCGAGAGAUUGGUCAGCAAGGCUUUGCGAGCGAGGAGGAUAUCUUACGUGACUUCUUGGAUUCCCUCUGA